CACUUCCAGCGCCGAGCUGAGAUUUGAGCUGCGUCUUCGCUUCAUUCCCCAGUCCACCUACGAGUUAUUGUUGACCGAAUCGAAAGCGUUUUUCUAUCUUCAUGAACAGGUAUUCGCCGAUUUCCAAAAGCAAAUCGCAUGGAAAAUCGCGUUGGAGCCAGCGCUGGAGCUGGCCGCGCUACGGGUCAGCCGGGAUUAUAUCGAGAAACAGGCGCGUGGAUGUAUCGAAGCGAGGCUUGACGCAGAUUCGCUAGAUGCCGAGGCGGCAAUAUCGACGUUUAUUCCGGAUACAGUGUUAAUGACGGCAAAUGUAAAGGCCAAAGACUUGAAGAAGACGUUUGUCGGGUUGGUGAAGAAGUUUUCGACGUUGUCGGCGACAGAUUCUGUUCUUCGGUCUUUGUCAUUGUUGAUCGAGUUUGUCAAGUUUGAUCUGGAGAUUUUCAAGGCGAGCAUAGGGGCCGGUUGGUCCUCCCCUGUCGAAUUUCUGGUUGGGCCCGAGGUUGGGAUGUCGUAUCGGAUCAAUGAGAGAUGUGAUAUGUCUCGCCUGGGGGAGCUGCGUUGUGUGCUCGAGGUGACGGUGCGUAAGAUGGAGGCUCAUGCGGACAAGGCGAUCGUGCAGAUGAAGCUCAGCGGGUCGGCGCAACCGAUGCUAAUCACCACGCCGUCUCUUGAAAUCGCCGAAUCACUGGCCCACCUCAUCGAUGGCUAUCAGGCGAUGUACAACCAGGGCCCCAGCGUUUAUAAAAUGAGAGGGCUCGACCGAUGCGAUAGCAUCGAGUUGAAGGCGUCCAAAGCGGUGGCGUGCCGAGAGGAGAGAAAUGUUCCUAAUAAUGUCUCAGACCGGCGCAUCAAACGCGAGCACGUCACCCUGAAGGAGCUGAUCGGAGGCGGACAAUUCGGAAACGUGUACAAAGGAGUGUAUUGUAGUCCGGGCCACUCCACCCAAUCGGUCGCCAUCAAGGUGUGCAAGCUGGAAAACGAGCCGGCCGAUACGCAGUUGAUACUCCAGGAAUCACAUUUGAUGCGGCGUUUCCGGCACGAGAAUAUCGUGGCGCUGGUUGGGGUCUGUAUGGAGUCGCCAAUGUGGCUGGUCAUCGAGUUGGCGUCUUAUGGAGAGGUUGGUGGUUUG